UUGCCGGAGUGGAAAAGGCAACACCGGUGACGGAAUCUGCAGCAGUUGCCGCGGUAGUGGAGAGGAUUGCAAGGCAACGAAAGACGUACCUUUUCCACGAGGGCAGAAACGCUAAAUUAGCCCUCCAACUCCUCCAUGUCCAGUGGGCCUGACGGAUAAAUGUGGAGCGGGCAACGAUGCACGCGAUCACUGCAUACCCAGCAUCCUUGCAGGUGCCGUAUGCACCUUAGCCUCGCCGUCGUCCUACUAUUGCUUGCAACCUUUCUGCCUGCUUUUCCUUCCAUGAAUCCUCAUCUUGACGCCGCCUCCCCGCCUCAGCCGUCAUGAGUUUCGCAGAUACCUUCCUCGCCGGCUACGGCGAGAAGAAGGCGGAAUCCAUCGUCGUCCCAGUCUCUUCAGACUCUCCCGACCUCGACUAUGCCAACGGCUUCAUUGCGGACAACAGAGACGAUCUCCAGCGACGACUCGGUAAUCGCCAAAUUCAACUCAUCGCCAUUGGUGGAUCCAUUGGCACAGCCUUGUUUAUAUCCAUCGGCGGCUCUCUGGCCAAAGGCGGCCCUGCGUCCACAUUCGUUGCCUACACUAUUUAUACCCUGUUCCUGGGCUUGGUCAACAAUGGCACCGCCGAGAUGACGGUCAUGAUGCCUGUAUCUGGUGGUUUCAUCCGUCUCGCCGGCCACUGGGUCGAUGAUGCUUGGGGGUUCAUGGCUGGCUGGAAUUUCUUCCUCUACGAGGCUCUACUCAUCCCCUUCGAAAUUACCGCCUUAUGUACCGUCCUCGGAUACUGGAGCGACCACAUCCCCGCCGCAGCCGUCAUCGCCGCCGCCAUUGUGCUCUACGCCAUCCUCAACAUCCUCGCCGUCGGCCUCUAUGGUGAGGCGGAGUUUUGGUUGUGCGGGGGCAAGGUCAUCCUCAUCCUUCUGCUCUACGCCUUCACCUUCAUCACCAUGGUCGGAGGAAACCCACAAGGGGACGCAUUCGGUUUCAGAUACUGGAGUCAUCCGGGCGCCUUUGUCGGGAGGACCAGUCUCGCCCAGUUCGAAGGCUUUUUGGCUUCUCUGUGGGCCGCUUCGUUUUGUAUCGUGGGCCCUGAGUAUGUCUCCAUGGUUGCAGGAGAAGCUAAACGUCCGCGUGUCUAUAUCAAAAGGGCAUUCAAGACCCUCUACUGGCGCUUCGGCUUCUUCUUCAUCCUCGGCUCCCUUUGCGUCGGCGUGCUGGUUCCAAGCAACAACAAAACCCUCGUGGACAUCUUCGUCAAAGAGACAGUGGCAAGCGGCACUGCAGCAGCGUCUCCAUACGUGAUCGCCAUGCAAAUCCUGGGCAUCCACGGCCUACCCAAUCUCGUCAACGCGCUGCUCGUCACGUCCAUCUUCUCCGCCGGCAACACCCUCACCUACUGCUCCACCCGCUCCCUCUAUGCCCUAGCCCUGGAAGGACGCGCGCCCGCCAUCCUCCGAAAGUGCACCAAGCGCGGCGUGCCCAUCGUCUGCUUCUGCGUCAUCAUGGUCUUUCCCUGCCUCUCCUUUCUCCAGCUCAGUCACGGCUCAAGCCAAGUCCUGACUUGGCUCCUCAACCUCAUAACCGCUGGCGGCAUCAUCGACUACAUCGUCAUGUGCGUCACCUACCUACGCUUCUACGCGGCGUGCAAAGCGCAGGGCCUCGACCGCCGCUCCCUGCCCUACUACGGCUACUUCCAGCCCUACGCAGCGUGGAUCGCGCUGGUCUGGAUGGUCGUCAUCGUGCUGUGCUAUGGCUACUACUCCUUCGACCCGUGGAAUGUGCAGGACUUCUUCAUCUACUAUGCCAUGAUUAUCGUUGCGGUGGUGCUGUUCGCCGGCUGGAAAUUGAUCAAGAAGACCAAGUGGUUGAGCGCGCAUGAGAUUGAUCUGGUGUGGGAGCGGCCGACGAUUGAUGCCUAUGAGGCGACUUUCAUUGACGAGCCGGUUAGUUUCUGGCGGGAGAUGGUGCAGCUGGUUGGCUUGGGGAAGAGGACGGGGGGGAACGAUCAGCGUACUGCUAGUAUAUCAGCGUGAUAAGCGCGAGUUUCAUAACAUUUGCGCACGUUCUAAGGACCCUGG